AUGGCGGAACCUGGCUGGAGAAUGAAGUGGAUUCUGGGCUUGAGCCUCACCCUGUGCCUCACAGUCCAGGCAGCUUUAGGUGCUUUGUACGCCAAGGAACCUCUCGUGGUCACCAAACAGGGGAUCCUACGAGGAAAGGAAAUGCAUGUGGGAAACGUACCCAUCCGAGUCUUCCUGGGAGUCCCCUUCUCCAAACCUCCUGUGGGCGCGCGCAGGUUUGCUCCUCCAGAGCCCCCACAACCCUGGAGUGGUAUCAGAGAGGCCACCACCUACCCACCUUCGUGCCUUCAGGAAACUUGGGGGCAGAUAACUUCCCUGUACCUUAGCACGCGGAAACAGUACGAGUGGCUGCAUUUCAGUGAGGACUGUCUCUACUUGAACGUGUAUGCUCCAGUGCUUGCACCUGGGGACCCUCUGCUGCCGGUAAUGAUUUGGUUCCCCGGAGGUGCCUUCCUCGUCGGCUCGGCUUCCACCUACGAAGGCUCAGAGCUGGCCGCCCGGGAGAAAGUGGUGCUGGUGAUGCUGCAGUACAGGCUGGGCAUCAUGGGCUUCUUCAGCACCGGCGACAGCCAGGCCCGCGGGAACUGGGGGCUGCUGGACCAGAUAGCCGCUCUACACUGGGUGCAGGAAAACAUCGAGGCCUUUGGUGGAGACCCAGACCGUGUAACACUGUUUGGCCAGUCGGCGGGAGCAAUGUGCAUCUCAGGACUGCUGAUGUCACCCCUAGCCCAGGGUCUGUUCCAUCGGGCCAUUUCCCAGAGUGGGACUGCCAUACUGAAAGUCUUCAUCACUCAUGAUCCACUGAAGACAGCCAAGAAGGUUGCUCACCUGGCUGGCUGCAACCACAACAGCACAAAGAUCAUGGUAGAAUGCAUGAGGGCUCUAUCGGGGGACCAGGUGAUGCAUGCGUCCAAGAAGAUGACAUUCUUUCAUGUCAACACCCAGAAAGAACCAAAAGAUAUUGUAUGGUUCCUGAGCCCUGUGGUGGAUGGUGUGGUGUUCCCAGAGGACCCCGUGGUGCUCCUGACCCGUGGGCAGGUUACACCUGUGCCCUACAUCCUCGGUGUCAACAACGGGGAGUUUGAGUGGACCUUGCCUUUUAUCAUGAAGUUCUCACUAAAUCGGCAUGUAAUGAACAAAAUCUACCUCAACAAACUGCUCUGGAGUGUCAGCAUGCUUCUGAACAUCACUAAGGAGCAGGUCCCACUGGUGGUAAAAGAGUACUUGAACGAUGCCGCCAACAAACAUGACUGGAAGAUGUUCCGGAACCACCUAAUAGACAUGGUUGGAGAUGCCACCUUCGUGUACUCCACACUUGAAGCCGCACACUACCAUCGGGAUGCUGGCUUCCCCAUCUAUCUGUAUGAGUUCAAGCACCAUGCACCAGGCGUAAUUGUCAAAACUCGGAGUAAUGUAGCAGACCAUGGAGACGAGAUCUCCUAUAUCUUCGGAGGCCCUUUCUCCAAAGGCUCAUCCACAGGUGAGGAAAAGGAAUUCAGCCUCCAGAUGAUGAAAUACUGGGCCAACUUUGCCCGCACUGGGGACCCCAAUGACGGAAAGCUGCCCUACUGGCCACGCUUUGACAAGGAUGAAAAGUACCUGCAGUUGGAUUUCGAUAUGAGAGUGGGUGCGAAGCUCAAGGAGAAAAAGAUGGCAUUCUGGAGAUGGCUGCACCAGGCUCAGAGAUCAUAGAAACACCAGCCAUACUGAGAGUGACCAAGCAAAAGGGGACUAUCCUACCAUCCCACCUCAAGAAGACUGGUCCUGCAUACAUCUGAAGACAAGAGUCCUGUAGAAGACAAGAGAUCUGUAGAAGCUCCUGACUGCCUUCAGGCUAAAGCUAGAGCCCUAGCCCACCAUUUGGGGCUGAGCACCAUCUGUCCAGCCUGACAUCCCGUGACACCCUGUAUUUCACUAUCUAAACCAGGCCAGGGCCUUUCAUCACACUGUGCUCCACUCCUCCCAGGCCCAGCCUCA